CAAAUUUUCAAGGACAGAAGCUGGAUACUUUUAUGCAAAGAAGUUGAAUUUGGAUUACAUGAAAAUACUAAGGUAGCAAAGAAAAAAAGAGAGACCCGGUUGUGGUCUUUAAUGAAAUAAUGAAUGGAGAAAUUAUGAGAAUCAAGAUCUAAAGAAAGAAUAGGAACAUGAUAGGAUCUGGAGCUAAAGAAAAAGGAACAGAAGUAAAAGCAACACGAACAUUCAGACUAUAAUAGGGAAAAUAAACAGAAUAUAUGAUAAAAGAAAAGAAAGAAGAAUAAACCUGUAGAUGGAAAGCAAAAUAAGCUUGGAACUUAGAUUCAGUAUCUUAAUCCUAAAGUAAAUAUACUCUGAAUUUUUUAAAACAAUUUAUUCAGACCUAGCUUUUCCAUGUAGACUAAAAAGAACAUUUCUGGUAACAAAGUUCUGAAUUGAUAUCUGCUUCCUAAUACCAAAAAGAUACCUAAAAGUACGAGACUUUGCUCUACUGAACCUUUCGAUACUCUAUCAUUGCAUGUUUACAAUUUUCAGUUCAUCUUACUGAAAAAGUGAAAGAGAAUGAAAUUUUGAAGAGAAAUUGGAUGAAAUGAUUUCAUCUGCAAAUGCACCCAAGUGAUGCACUCUCGUAGAUCUGACUUGAGAGAACUUGUCCACCCCAAUUAAGUGUAAUUACCUUCACUUACAUGCUUGUUGUGCACUCUUGAUGUGUCUGCAUACGUGCUUUGUCUUUUGACGUAAAGCUGCUGGGACCAGCAAGUCACUUUGUUAUGGUUGGUACAUUCUGAAGCUAAUUUCUGCUUUAGAUAGCAAAUUGCUUGUAACUUUGCUUACCUGGCUCCUGAUAAUUUAUAAUACAGGCCUGGAAUGCAACUUAUGUGCAUUGUGAACACGAUGGGCGUCUGAAAUGGAAAUAUCCUGGAAUGAGUACUGUUGAUUUUCUCUUUGAGGUGGGAGUCGACGGUAGCAAUUUGCUUUAUCUGCAAGAACACGGAAACAAGAAACUAAUUGAAGGUUGCAGAGUCAUGUUUAAAGAUGGGUCUGACUUGUCUUUGUACUCGGGUAGGAUAAUAGAGUGUUCCUGGAACGCCCAUGAAAAUGCUUGGAUCUUUGUGCGGAUCCAAACAGAGAAAUCAAACCCAGAUCGUAUUAGUGUCUACGAGGAGGCAAAGCACAUCAUAGAGGGCAAUCUUACAGAGGAUAUCUUGUUAGAUGAGAUUGAUAAGGUAGCAGGUUUACCUAUAUACACUGACUGGGUAAAACGACACAGUGGAUCUUCUUUUAGAAAUGUCUGGAGAAGGCAUUGAGGGAUUUUCUGCUGUUCUUUUCUUUUUCACCAUUGAGGGAUUGAGGUGAGAGGCGGAGGAGGUUUUAGUCUAAUUCAAAAUGACUUUGCAAUCAUCAUUCAUCAUUCAGGGGGAUUCUUCUCAUUUACUGAUUUUCCAAGUUCAAAGAGUUGAUAAUUUAGGGCGUAUCUUGGUUAUGAUGGAGGCAAGUGCUGGGCAUAAAAUUUUCAUUUGCUCGGUCAAUCAGAGCAUCAGAACUCUGGGGAAUGUCAAGACAAUAUAAAAGUAGAGGUCUAGGUGAUGUUUGGAAAAUUUUCUUGGAAAGUUGGUGCAAAAUAGUAUCAACUUUUUUCCCUUUUCCUUUUAAACUUAUCACUCAAAGUGGAGGCUUUUGUGAUUUCAUGUACCUACUGUAAUAUGCAGGAAAAGGAUAUACUGUACGAUGAUUGUCGUAUGUAGAAGCCGUGAUCUUGAAAUGAAAUAUACAUGUUUUCUGUGCACGCCA